GCGCGAGACGGUUAGCCAGGUCGGACCACCAAGCUCACCCAGUUCUCACUUCAGCUCCGAAAGCAGAGGAACAAGGAACUAAGAACUCCCGAACUCAGCUACUCCUAUUCUAAGCAGAGCACGUCAAUUUUUUUCCGUGAUAUUUGCUGUUCCCUCCACUCAGUCGGUGUGUGUGCCUGGUGCUUUGUUCGGCUUACGUGAUUGAAAAUUGAGACAAGCAGGACACCAUGAUUGUCAACAUGCCCGUCAAUGGCACGGGCAGUGCAUCCAGCCCCACAUCGAAUCCCAGCAGCAACAACAACAACAACAACUGCAAUAAUAAUAAUAAUCAAAAUAAUAACAAUAACAACAGCAAUAGUAGUAAUAAUAACAACAACAAUAGCAGCACCACCAACCAAAACCAAAGUCAAAGCAACGGGGUCAGCCUGCCGGGCGAUUACAACUUCCUGAAGCGCAAGUACGAGGACCAGGACCAGGAUCUGGCCUUGGGCCAGGACUACGAGCCCAUCGAGGGCAAUCCGUGGAAGAAGCCCAGGCACCUGGACUACGACGCCGGCGACCUGCAGUUCCACCUGCAGCUGGAGCAGCCGCCAGAGAGCAAUCCGCCGGCCAGCAACGCUGCACCCGCGCAGUCCGCGAGCUCCUCCUCGUUCAUCAACGAUCUGUUCGCCUACGACAGCAGUCUCCUGGUGCCCGCCGCCGCCUACUCGCACUGUCCGCCGUCGAGUGCUCCGCUGGAGGACAACGGCGGCUGGACGGGUGGCGAGCUGCUCGAGCUGGACCACCGCUACAACUCCGGACUGCAGGCGGAGUUGGGCCAGCUGAGCGCCACUCUGCCGCCGCCGACGCCGCCACAGUUGCAGAGUUCGCAGAGCUCGUCGGGUCACGCGCAGCAGACACAACAUGGCCUGAAUCCCGGCCAGAACCCCAACCAGCACAGUCAGCACUUUCUAGUGCCGCAGAAGCAGCGGACUCUGUCCGCCGGCAGACGCACCUCAUCCGGUUCGGGGGGCGGUGGCAACGAGGCCACCGAGGCGGACUUCGAGGACAAGAACCUGUCCUGGCUGCUCAACUUCAAGUUCGACGAGUUCCCGCACCUCUCGCCGCACAAUCAGGCCAAUCAUGGCCAGGUGGUCAGUCUGCCGGACGGCAGUGCUCCUCCUCUCCAUCCGCCGGCUUCAGCGACGGUGGUCAGCACAUCGCCCUGCAGCUCCGCCUCGCCCACAUCCGCCUCCGCGUCCGCAUCCGGCGCGUCUGCCACGAACUCCAGCCAUUCGCUGGGCGGCGGACUGAUGGACCAGCGGGCCAGGUCGCCCAAGAGCUGCUCCAAUGCGGCCGCGAUGCCAGCGGGCAGCGGGGGAGGAAUCGCAUCCGGAGCUUCGGGUGGCUGCGGGGUCGCCGGAGUGGGCUCCACCAAGACGGGGCGCAAGUUCGAGGAGCUCGUCAUGGAGGUGACCUCCGAGCUGGACGGCAACGACAUGAUCGUCGCCGAGCACGUCGUCGUCGAGGACACUUCGUCCAAAGCGCCAAAGAAACCACCGUUCACCUACACGGAGCUCAUCGAAUACGCCCUCGAGGAUAAGGGUGAGCUGACUGUGUCGGGCAUAUACCAAUGGAUAUCCGAUCGCUUUCCAUAUUACAAAUCCAACGACGACCGCUGGAAGAACUCGGUGCGACACAAUCUCUCGAUUAACCCACAUUUCCGCAAGGGGGUGAAGGCGCCCCAAGGAGCCGGUCACCUCUGGGCCAUUUCCAGCGGUGACUCGGCGGAGAAUGUGCUGGCCUGGGAGCACAAGAAGCAGCGCCUGGAUUUGUUCUUCAAAAUGGAGUCCAUCAACCGGGAGCGCAUUCAGCAGCACCAGCAACAGCAGCAAAUGCAGCAGCAGCAGCAACAGCAACAGCAGCAGCAACAGCAGCAGCAACAGCAGCAGCAACAGCAGCAGCAACAACAACACUCGCCGCAGCAGCAGCAACAUCAGACGGCACAGCAGCAACAUGCCACACAGGCCAGUAGUUGCAUGUACGACGAGGCGGCGGUGGCAGCGGCUACUUUGACCCAGGAAAUGAUGCAGCAGACGUCCAGUGGAGCUGGCGGUGGCACUGAGACAACCCAGCAGCACCACCCGAACCACCAUAGCCACCACAAUCACCACAGCCAUGGCCACAGCCACAGCCACGGCCACGGCCACGGCCAUCACCAUCAAAGACUGCUGCCCUUCAACGAUCUGCUGAGCGACGACGAGCUGCGAAAGACGGCGGGUCAGAUCCUGAACGGGAUCCAUCGCGAGGUGGAGGUGCAGUCGGUCAACUCGAUCAUCAGCACCUACCACGACGUGCUGCUGGACAAUGAAGACUAUCUCAAUCCCAUACACAAGGAUGUGGUCGUAACGGAGAGUGUUCUGCGGCAGCAGCAUGGCAACUUGGGAGGCGGCGGCGGCAGCAGCAACCAUUUGGGCGGAAACAGCCACAUGGGCAGCGGCAGCGGCAGCUCGCAGUACUACAUCACGGAAAUCGAUCCCAUGGAGCUGGGCAUCCAGAUGUCGCACCAGGUGGAGCCCUCCGAGGAGGAGGUGCUCUUCAGCGACGAGUUCAACCUCAACUACUUUGGCUACAAUCCUGGCAGCGACAUCGUCGCUUGACCGCGCAGGCAACAGACGCCAGUCGCAGCUCCUCCAGCUCCCGCUCAGCCAAGCAAUUGAAAACUAUAUAGAAUACAUAAACCCUUCUCGAUCCCGCUCCAUGCCAUGACAACAAUCGUAAUUGUAGCCGAUCUACUCAUAAGCCAACUCUAAACGAAUACUAGUCACACUUAAACCACACUUACAAGUAACCACCUAAAGUUUCCCCAUUUACCAUUUACCAAUUACCAACUACCAACUACCAACUACCAUUUACCAUUUACCGUCUAGAACCUAUGUAUAGUCUAGUCUUGAGUGUACCAAUGCCCCCCUUUUUUUUGUCUAUACUUUAGUUGAAUGAAUACCUAGUAGAUAAGUAGCUUGCUAGCAUUAAGUGCAUGUAUCCAUGUUUCUAUAUGCUGAUAUGACAUACUUAGCUCUUGCUCGUCUCCGAAUUUAGUUAAGUGUUUUUACAUGUAGCCGAAUAUCCGUAAAUAAUACCAGACAGAUCUCCGCCCCUCUUGGAUGUUACCAAGCUGGGGCUGUAGACCAGACGAGGCAAUACUAAUCCUAGUGCGUGGGAAUGUGUUUACGGUUUCUCUAACCAUGUCCGUAGAACUAAUGGCACCUAUCUGG